AUGGACAAGUCCAGGGCUUCCUCCUCAGAGGCUCUAUCCGGUAGCACGGCUGAGGCGGGCAGAUCUGCGGAUCUGGCAUACGAAGCCAUGCUCCGGGAGAAGCUGGAGGUGGAGCACUCCAUGCGGGAGCAGGUCGCGGUUGAUAGGGAGGCGUGGGCGGCGGGGCCGGCGUGGUUGCAGCAGGAGGAGCGCGAUUGGGCGGCGUCGACGGCGCAGGUGGCUGGGAUGGAUCCUUGGGAGGCGGCGGCCUCGGGCUCGUCGGUCGCGGAGGUGGCCCCUCCUCGCCCCAAUCCGCCUCGUCGGUCGAUGGGUCCAGCCCGUGGCGCUGGUCAUGGUGCUGGAUCUGGCUUCGGCGCGGCGGGCCGUGGCCGUGGGCGUGGGGGCCGGCUGUCAUUGGCCCAAGGAGCAAACCGGGCGGGGGUUGCUAGCGGGCACGGGUGCCGGGCACAGCAUCGCAGCUGCAGCGCCGGCGAGGCGGCGCGCGAGGGGGGCGGCCAGGGCGGUCUCGGCGCAGUGAGCGGCGGCGCGGCACUGGCGACUGAGGGUGUGGCCGCGGUGGGCUGCGGCAGGCGGAGUGCGGCAAGGCCGCGUGAGGGGCCAGGAGGGCGCGGCCGGUCGUGGCGGUCGGCGUGGCCAGGGACGCGCAGUCCGGCGGCCACGCGCGACGCGGGCGGCGAGCAAGGGCGGGGCGGCGCGGCCACGGCGGACCAGGGCGCGGCAACCGCGGGACAGCGCGGGGAUGCACGGGAGCACGGGCCGGGCAGCAUCCGCAAUGGGGAGCGGUGGCCACGUUCGACGCCGGGACGGGGGGGAAUCAGCGACAGGCUCAGAGCGGAGCUGUAG